AUGGGCGCCAACUUUAGCCAACUAUUUCCGGGAAGACCUACUUUUACCGAAGAGCACAUACCGUCUUUGGAUGGCAAAGUCUUCCUCGUCACCGGCGGAACCAAUGGAGUCGGUCUCGAGCUAGUCAAGAUACUUUAUUCCAAGGGCGGCACAGUCUACCUCCCAUGCCGUUCCGCAAGCAAAGGAGCACAGACGAUUAAGGACAUCCGAGCUUCCCAUCCUAGAAGUAAGGGCCAGCUGAAGACUCUGCCUCUCGAUCUCAAUGACCUUGAAUCGGUGGCCGCUUGUGCCUCUGCAUUCCUGGCACAGGAGACUCGUUUGGAUGUCCUGUGGAACAAUGCGGGUAUAAGCUACGUACCCCAUGACGAACUCACAGUUCAAGGGUACGAGCCCCAAAUGGGAGUGAAUUGUCUGGCAUCCUUCCUUCUUACCCAGCUGCUGCUCCCCAUCUUGAAGCAUACGGCCAGUAUAUCGUCCGGUCCUUCGACACGAGUCAUUUUCUUAGCUUCGGGAAUGGUGGACAUGUCAGCACCGCCGGGAGGUAUACCAUUGGACGAGCUCCAUCCUGGCAAUCAAUCCAAAGACCUCUCACGGAACUACACUAUUUCUAAAACUGGAAGUUGGUUCCUGGCGUCUGAGUUUGAUCGGCGUAUGCGAGCAGACGGGGUUGUGUUCGUUGCUCAGAACCCCGGGAAUCUAAUGACCAACAUCUGGGACCGUGUUCCAUGGCUACUUAAGGCACCUAUCAAAAUGCUAUUACAUCCACCUAAGUAUGGUGCCUAUUCGGAACUUUGGGCCGGGCUCAGCGCCGAGAUCAAGCUCGAUGACGGUGGCCGGUAUGCUGUGCCGUGGGGGAAAUGGCAUCCAAGUCCGAGAAAGGAUCUUUUGGACAGUUUGAAGACCAAAGAGGACGGGGGAUCCGGUAUUGCAUCUGCGUUUUGGAAAUGGUGUGAUAGGGAAACUGAGAAGUUCCUCUAA